AUGGACGCGAUAGCCGAUCAUUGGACCUGGGUUGGAGGACAGAUCACUUGCAAGUUACAAAGUUUCGUCAUUGAAGCCUGCUAUACAGUAUCCAUAACAACUCUUUGUCUUAUAAGCUUCGAGAAACUCAAGGCUGUGGUCGAACCGUUUGGUAGAAUAGCGGUUAAUCCGAAGAGUGUGUACGGAAAAUUGAUCACUUCGUGGAUUGUUAGCUUUCUUGUUGCGUCACCCUUACUUUAUGCAUACCAGACCCAAGCUGAUGACAAAGAAACAGUUCUCUGCACCAACGACACUCUUGGAGAUUUGGGAAGACAAAUCUAUUACAGUAUUCACGCCAUUUGUUUUUUCCUGGGUCCUCUGAUCUUCCUGAUUUAUGCCCAGGCUAAAAUCUUCUCGACUUUGCGCUCUAACGCAAAGGUUUCUCCAAUAAAAAACACUUUUACAGCAGCGCGUUCCAAACAGCAUCUCAAAGUUGCCAAACCUCUCGCGGCUCUUACGUUAGCGUUUGCAGUGUGCUGGUCGCCCUUUUUCUUUAUUCGAGCUUUGCGAUACUUCCAUGUAACAAACGACGAGUACACCUGGAGAGCCACGCAACUUUUGAUAUUUUUAAACACGUUGUUAGAUCCAAUACUUUAUGGUAUCUACGGAGAGCGCAAGAAUAUCAAAGCAGUUUUUAAACGCUUAUUCCCAUGCACAAAUGUUCAAACUGGUGCACAGGUACCAUGA